CAUCCACCGUAGCCUCCAGCGAGUUGGUCUGGUGGAUGGUGGGAAGGUGGAGGCACAGCGAUCGCCAAUCGUCAAAUGCACAUUCGCAGUCGCUAUUAUAUCGUGUUCGUGCGUAUAACAUUCAUAUCUAGUCCCUCGUUCACGUGUUUUAUAUUUUUUUUAGCACACUCUUUGACCAUUUAAUUUCACAUAUCGGGGGGUAGCAUCGGAUACAAAAUCGAUACCUAACAGACGGUUUUUUUGUUGAUACUGAACUUUUAUGUUUCGCCAAAUCAAUUUUCGAAUUCGACUUUCUUAAUAAAUGUGUCUUUUUGGAAAUAAUUUUAAGAGUGAAUUGUACUGCAUUGACGGGAUAUAAUCUUUACUUUAUGGGAAUUUGACGGUAAUAGAAAAAAAUUGAAACAGGUUACGCAGUGAAAUGUACAAAAUAUGCGUCGUGCUAGCAGUAGUAGCGUUUUAUCCAGGAAGUGAAGUGACUGCCUUAGAAAAUGGACUCGCCAGGACACCACCCAUGGGAUGGCUCGCUUGGGAGAGGUUCCGUUGCAAUACCGACUGCAAAAACGACCCUGACAACUGUAUCAGUGAAAAUUUAUUCAGAACAAUGGCUGACAUUCUCGUGAACGAGGGAUACGCCAGCACAGGAUACGAAUACAUUAAUGUAGACGAUUGUUGGUUAGAAAAGGACAGAAACGUUUAUGGGGAAUUAGUUCCAGAUAGAACGAGGUUUCCUAGAGGAAUGAAAUCAUUGGCUGAUUAUGUACACGGAAAGGGUUUAAAAUUCGGUAUAUACGAGGACUACGGUAACUAUACGUGUGCUGGUUAUCCCGGCGUGUUGGGAAGUCUUCAAAGGGAUGCAGAAACUUUCGCUUCUUGGGAUGUGGAUUAUGUUAAAUUGGACGGAUGUUAUGCUCAUCCCAGGGAUAUGGAUCGAGGAUAUCCAGAAUUUGGAUUUCAUUUGAAUAGGACGGGCAGGCCGAUGAUCUACUCAUGCAGUUGGCCCGUGUAUCAGAUAUACGCGGGAAUGCAACCGAAUUUUUCCUCCAUCAUCCAACAUUGUAAUAUGUGGAGGAAUUUCGACGAUAUUCAAGAUUCGUGGUCGAGCGUCGAGAGCAUAAUCGAUUAUUACGGAAAUAAUCAAGACAUAUUAAUUCAAAAUGCCGGCCCGGGACAUUGGAACGAUCCAGAUAUGUUGAUCAUAGGAAAUUUCGGACUGAGCUACGAACAGAGCAAAACCCAAAUGGCCAUUUGGGCCAUUUUGGCGGCACCCCUUUUGAUGUCGGUAGAUUUAAGGACCAUAAGGCCAGAGUACAAAGCCAUAUUACAAAAUAGGAAAAUUAUAGCCGUAGACCAAGAUCCGCUUGGUAUACAAGGACGGAGAAUAUAUAAACAUAAAGGAAUAGAAAUUUGGUCGAGGCCUAUUACUCCGCUAUACCAAAGUUACUUUUCGUAUGCCAUAGCUUUCGUUAAUAGAAGAACUGACGGAACACCUUCGGAUGUAGCAGUAACUCUUAAAGAGUUGGGUUUAACUUCGCCAACGGGAUAUAGAGUAGAGGAUUUAUAUGAAGACGUCGAUUACGGAGUGCUGUCGCCGCAAACCAAAAUCAAAGUAAAAGUGAAUCCAUCAGGCGUGGUGAUACUGAGAGCAGACGUCCAGGCAGACUUUAACAGAAGAAUCCCGUUUUUUACGACGCAAAGAACCCCCUACAAUCCGUUAAAUCAAGUGUUCAGAGUACAAGGGGAGAAUGGGUUCAAAUAAGUGAUAAAAAAAAAUCUACGAACUUAAGUAAAUUAUUAACUUAGUUAGGAAUUUGUUGUAAGAUAUAUUUUUAAUACAAUUACAAAAAAUACAAAAGUUAAGUUGAUUCGCGUGGUUUUUUUUUUUUUAAUUUAAUCCAUAACGUAUUGGUAUUUGCUUUUUCCAAUGGUAAUGGUAACUGAUAAUCCUCGAACAUUUUUCGUUAACCUCGUGCAACUGAGUGUUCCCUCGAUGAUGUCACCUAAAGG